AUGAGCCCCCAAGGAACGCCCAUCACCCGCCAGAUCGAUGUCUGGCUCGGAGAUCGGGGGAGUGCAUAUGUCUAUUUCGACCCCGAGUUCAGCCAGCCUUUCCAGGCAGAUAGAGCAUUACAAGGCGAUGAAUCGUCGUCCAACCCGAGACUUGAAAUACCCCAGGAUCUUGUCGGACGGGCGGGUGCUACCCAGGGCAACAGUCCGGCGACUCUUCAUCUCUGGGGCAUGGCGAAUGCGAUUACGCUUGAUCGGACGGCUGAUUAUAACUGGAUUCCAGCACUGCCUUCGAGAGUCGUACCGGGAGCUGAAGCCGGUAUUAGAUGA